AUGGGCGGCGAGAGCAGCUUCAACCGCGCCGUCGUGUACACGGAGCCCGGCACCACCAAGACAGAAGUCGUGGAACUCCCGAUUCCGAAACCUGGCCCGGGAGAAGUCCUGGUUCGUCUGCAGUACUCCGGGGUCUGUCAUACUGAUUACGGGUUUUGCAUGAAUGCAUUCUCAUCAGUACCCUUUCCUACACCCACAGGACAAGUUGGUGGUCACGAAGGAGUCGGCGAGGUUGUUGCUGUUGGAGCUGGCGUCGCAUCACCCGCAAUCGGCAGUAGAGUAGGCAUCAAGUACGCCGCCGAUGCGUGUCUAAACUGCGACCGUUGUCUCCAGGGCGGCGAGUCAUCAUGCGCCGAGGUCAAGCUAUCGGGUUACUUCACGCCCGGCACCUUUCAGCAGUACUGCCUCUCGACGGCGCGAUAUGUCACGCCGGUCCCGGACUCCCUGGACUCGGCGCAGGCGGCGCCCCUGAUGUGCGGCGGACUCACCGUCUACACCGCCCUCAAGCGCGCGGAAGCCCGCCACGGCGACUGGGUCGUGGUCGCCGGCGCCGGAGGGGGUCUCGGCCACCUGGCGAUCCAGUACGCGCGCACGCUCGGCUGUCGCGUGCUGGCCAUGGACCUCGGCGCGAAGGAGAAGUUCUGCCGGAACCUCGGGGCCGACGAGUUUGUGGACUUCACGACGUAUCCCACCGAGGGCGGCCUCUCGGCAGCGGUCAAGGACAUCACCGGCGGCGGCGCCCGCAUCGUGCUCAUGUGCUCGUCCAACAAGAAGGCCUAUGUGCAGGCCCCGACGUGGCUGGGUUUCCGGGGCAAGCUGGCCUGUCUCGGCGUGCCCGAGUGCAGCAGCGUCUUCAUUGCAGACGUUGACCCCCUGCUUGCGGACGAGCUUACUAUCUUUGGCGUGAAGACCGGCAACCGACUCGAAGCCAAGGAGUGCUUGGAGAUCGCGGCGAGGGGCAGUGUAAAGACUCACGUCCAACUUCGGCGAAUGAGAAGUCUGACAAAGAUAUUCACCGAAAUGGAAUCUGGGGAAAUUCAGGGGCGAGUGGUCAUAGAUCUGAAGUAG